UGGCAGGCGCACUCAUCAGGUGCCUGGGCGUUUGUCCCCCACUUUCGUGAAGUCGGUGACUUGUUCUUGCCCAUUACUGAACGGCGGCAGCCGGCAGUUCGUGUAGCUCCGUUCCGGUUUGUCACUUCCCCACAACUCAUCCCGCACGUCUUUUUUAAGAGCUUUCUGAUCAAACUCGAGUUCAGACGGCGGACCGUUUCCCGCAUCUCUGCCAUUGAACAUAAGUAUCGAGAAUUGUAGAAAGAAUAUCAAGGAUGGCUACCAUACUCUCUGCGCGUACGGGUUCCGUUCGGCGACUAGGAUAUCUUUAUAGGACGCCGUUUACACACAACGGGAGUCGCGCAGCAUCAGGAUAUGUGAAAUAUAAUCAUGAAGAUCCGUUGAACUUGGAAUCUCUACUGACGGAAGAGGAAAUUGCCAUACGUGAUACUGCUCGGGAGUACUGCCAGGAGAAUCUCGCUCCCCGUGUGCUGGAAGGCUGGCGGACGGAAAAAUUCAAUCAUGAUAUUCUCCCUGAAAUGGGUAAACUGGGAUUGCUUGGACCGACGAUUCAAGGCUAUGGCUGCGCUGGAACGAGCAAUGUAGCUUAUGGCCUCAUUGCUAGAGAAAUUGAGCGCGUCGAUUCUGGCUACCGGUCGACAGCAUCAGUCCAAUCAUCGCUUGUUAUGCACCCUAUCAACGAGUUUGGUACUGAAGCGCAAAAGGAGAGGUAUAUCCCUCGGUUAGCCAAGGGAGAAAUCGUUGGCUGUUUUGGACUGACUGAAGCGAAUCAUGGUUCCGACCCAGCUGGCAUGGAGACAACUGCUGAAGAAAUUGAUGGUGGCUUUGUUCUUAAUGGAAGCAAGACUUGGAUAUCAAAUGCACCUGUCGCUGACAUUUUUGUCGUCUGGGCUCGCUGCAAAUGGGAUAGCAAGGUCCGAGGAUUCGUUCUCGAGAAGGGUUUGAAAGGUUUGGAAGCACCACCCAUCAAGAACAAGAUUGCACUUCGGGCGUCGUUAACCGGUUCGAUCUUCAUGGACUCUGUUAGAGUAGGCCAUGAUGCCUUGCUCCCCCACGGACAAGGCCUUAGCGCACCUUUCUCCUGUCUGAAUAGUGCCCGGUAUGGUAUUUCAUGGGGUGUAAUGGGGGCUCUCGAGGAUUGUAUCCAAAAAACUCUCACGUAUGCACUUGAGCGCAAGCAGUUUAAGCGACCGCUGGCAUCUUUCCAACUCGUCCAGAAGAAACUUGUAGACGCACAAACUGAAGCAGCUCUUGGCUUGCAGGCCAGUCUUCAGGUUGGCAGACUGAAGGACGCUGGCAAGCUGGCCCCCGAAAUGGUCAGUAUGGUAAAGCGUAAUAAUUGUGGAAAGGCCCUCCAGCACUCCCGAGUCGUUUUGGAUAUUCUUGGAGGAAAUGCAUCAUCGGAUGAGUACCAUGUUGGUAGACAUGUUGCAAAUUUACAAGUUGUGAAUACUUACGAAGGGACAUACGUUCGUCUUCAACACCAUAUUUUCCACGAUCUCCUGAGCUGACAACCCAAUCCCUCUUUUCAUUCAGGAUAUCCACGGUCUCAUCCUCGGAAAGGCAAUGACUAGCAUUCAAGCUUUUGCUAAUUAGUUCCAUCGAUGCAUUCCUUGUGAAAAAUACAUGUUCCUAUUUUCUUAUCUGUCGGAACAUCAUCACCAAGUCGAUCUUUACAUGGCUUGAAAUUUUAACGAAAGACUGCAUGGUAUCUACCUUAGAAACAUCCAUCAGAUGGAUGAGCCUAUCAUUGACAAUUUACCAAUCAUAGACUAUGUAGUAUGCAAGCCAAAGUUUGGCCUUGCGUACUGUGGUG